AUGCCAAAAUUCCAUGUAUCUCAGAGAUCUGUUCGCGAUCGAUAUCAACUUCUCGAAAAGAAAUACAAAAGAAAACAAUCAGAAGAAGAAAGAGCCAGUGGUAUUUCACCCGAAGAGAGUGAACUUGACGAGGCUAUGGAGGACAUCAUAGCUCAGUUUGAGGAAGCUGAUCAUUUAAAUGAACAACUCACGUUCGAGAAAAAACAGAGAGCUCAGGCAGAAGUUGAAAAGGCUGUAGAAAUGCGUCGCUGCUCAAUGGAAACGUUCAAAGAAACGAAAAAGAGGAAUGGCGAGGAAGAAAAUAACGAGCCAUCUGCUAAAAAGAAGAAAAAGACCAGUGGAUCGGAUGUCAUGCGAUACCUGCGAGAAAAAGGCGAAAUUGAUAUAAAAAUGAAAGCUGAUGAAGUCGAGCUGAGAAGAACGGAAAGUGAACGACAUUACGAACUUAUGCAGGAAGAACUACGCAUGAAAAGGCUUGAAGCUGAACGCCAAAAAGAGCAGAAUGAGCAACAAGUUAUGCAGUUAACUAAUUCCCAAAUGAUGCAACAACAACAGAUGAAACAGCUAUUUGAAGUGACUCAAGGUAUGAUGUUACAGCAGCAGCAGCAAAGUGCUUCUUUUGUAGCUAUAUUUGAAAAGUUUGCAACAAAAUUCAACUAUAAACCGUAA